CAAAAAAGUUUGAGUUUGAGGUUAAUUUGAUUAGGUUAAAAAGUAUAAACAUACAAAUGUAUAUUUAUUAAAUUGUUUUUAAAAUUGAUUAUAUAUUAUUAUAAUAUAUAGAUAAAAUGAAAAUAGCAGUAGAAGGUUGUGCACAUGGAGAUUUAGAGAAUAUAUAUGAUACUAUAUAUGUUUUGGAACAGAAAGAAGGCAUUAAAGUGGACUUGUUGAUAUGUUGUGGUGAUUUUCAAUCUUCAAGAAAUAAUGAUGAUCUUACCUGUAUGGCUGUACCUCCGAAAUAUAGAAAUAUUUGUACUUUCUACAAAUACUAUUCAGGCGAAAAAGUAGCCCCAAUUUUGACCAUUUUUAUAGGAGGUAACCAUGAGGCAUCCAAUUACUUGCAGGAACUUCCAUAUGGAGGAUGGGUAGCUCCAAAUAUUUAUUAUAUGGGAUACGCUGGAGUAAUCAAUGUGGGAGGUUUGAGAAUAGCAGGCAUAUCAGGUAUUUAUAAAGGACAAGAUUACUGGAAAGGUCAUUAUGAAAAGCCACCUUACACAGAUGAAUCUAAAAGAUCUGUGUACCAUGUGAGGAAUUUAGAAAUAUUUAGACUUAAACAACUAUCUGGUAAAAUUGAUGUGAUGAUUUCCCAUGAUUGGCCAAAUGAAAUUACUAAAUAUGGAAAUGUUAAGCAGUUGAUAAAGAAGAAGCCCCAUUUUAAGGAAGAUAUUGAAAAGAAUCAGCUGGGGAGCCAACCCAACUCCGACCUCUUAUUUCAUCUAAAACCAGCCUACUGGUUUGCCGCUCACCUUCAUUGUAAAUUCUCAGCUGUAGUGAUGCACAAAGACGACUCCAUGACCAGAUUUUUGGCUUUGGAUAAAUGUCUUCCAAAAAGGAAGUUCCUGCAAGUUUUGGAAGUUCCACACAAUGAGGAUUCUAAAAUAGAAAUUGCUUAUGAUUUGGAAUGGUUAAGCAUAUUAUAUUUAACGAAUCAUUUGUUGUCUGUGAAAAGUACUAAGAACUAUAUGCCGGGACCAGGAAGUACUGAGAGGUAUGAAUUUACCCCUACUGACCAGGAAAAAAUCAUUGUGAUGAAUCGCUUCAAAGACAACUUGGUAGUUCCGAGGAUAUUUUCUAAAACAGCUGUAGCAUAUAGUCCAAAUUCACAAAAAAAUGAUGCCAAACAACCUGAGCCUAUGCUCAACCCCCAAACAGUAACACUGUGUGAAAUUCUCGCAAUAGAUGAUCCAUUAACUCUUAUUUCAAAGAUGGAAGGCACUCUAGAACAGUUGAAUUCAAGCUUGGACUUGAAUUCCACCAUCAGUUUUAUCGAUGACAGUCAGGAAAACGAGUCGUUCAAUUCUUCACAAGAUACGCCCACUAAGAAAAUGUUUAAUCUUACACUUCCUGAUCCCAAAGUAGAUCUGGAUGGCGAUCUAGUUAAUCUAGAGGAUAUCGAGGAAGCUAACGAAGAGAGCAAGAAUGACAGUCAAGAAAUGGGAGUAGCAGAGAUCAAGACCGAGUCAGAAGAUACAAAAAUCAAGACUGUAGUGAACGAUGUGGUACCAACUGAAGAUGAUUGCAAAUCACCUGUUAUUAAGAAGCUUCGGAGAAGAAAUGAAGAACUUUAUAAAAGUUAAUAAAUAGAUGAAGUUUAAAAUAAACAUGUAAAUGUAUAAAAAUUUUUAAUAAAAAUAUUUUUUUAAA